UCCGGGGACCCGGGCUGAGCUGCGCACGCCGGUGAGAUGAGCGGGGCCGCGUCGGCGGGCGCGGCCAGGGGGCUGCGCGUGGACGGGCUGCCCCCGCUACCCAAAAGCCUGAGCGGGCUGCUGCACUCGGCGGCGGGCGGCACGGCGGGCGGCUGGCGGCACCUGCAGCGGCUGUACGCGCAGAAGUCGCGUAUCCAGGACGAGCUGAGCCGAGGGGGCGCGGGCGGCGGCGGGGCGCGGGCAGCGGGGACGCCGGCCAAGCCGCCCAACCUGGACGCCGCGCUGGCACUGUUGCGCAAGGAGAUGGUUGGCCUCCGACAGCUGGACAUGUCCUUGCUCUGCCAACUGUACGGCCUCUACGAGUCCAUCCAGGAGUACAAGGGCGCGUGCCAGGCCACCUCCAGCCUGGACUGUCCCUACGCCCUGGAGAACGGCUUCUUCGAUGAGGAGGAGGACUUCCAGGAGCAGGGCUCUCUCCCCGACGGCCAGGGCCGAGGCUGUCCCCGGGACCUGUCACUGCCUGUCGCCCACCUCUCCAGCAGUGACUGGGUCCUGGAGUCCAUCUAGCGCCUUGGGAGGAGUCCACUGACACACACGGACGGGCAGCAUCUGUGUCUCUUCCUGCAAGAAGGCGCUUCGGCCUCUUUGCGGUGGACAGUCCAGGGCAUGUGGGGACACGUGCCAUUUGUUUACCUAGCGGGUUUGGAG